AUGUCGAAAGUCACGGCGAGAUCAUCGCAGAACCGGGCGCGGUCCUUCGGAGGAUGCUUGACCUGUCGAUCGCGCAAGGUCAAGUGUGACGAGGCCCGUCCCUGUGUGGCCAGUGCUCACGAGCUAGCCUUGUUUGUGGUGGUUACGCAGCUAGAAUUCGCUUUAUAUAUUAUACUUUUCAUUCAGACUGGACUGUUGCUGCAACUGUUGCUGCAGAUGAUAUCGGACAAUGUGGAGGCGGUCGCAGUCGUCGAGUGCUUUUCACAGGUAAUUACCUAUCAAUCCCACGGCGUCUUCGAGUCUGAUGAUGAAAGACGAUGGCACUGCCCUUGGGAGAAAACAAAAGAAUAA